CCCUCGUUAGUCAUUUCGCUUUUUCUACAUGAAGUUUUUGCAAAAAAAGUUAACGGAAAAAAAUGGAUAAAUAAGAAAGAGCGGUGGGGGUGGAUGUCUCCGAGUGGUACAACAAACUCUUGGAAUUCAUUAUUUGUGCCCCUGGAUUUAUUUAUUCGGAUUUUCAUCGAGUGUUGCUCUCACCAUGAGGUUCGACUCAUUCAAUACUCCGGUAUAGAAUGAGAUCGUCGGGUACUUGAUAGUGACAAUUUAAUGAAUUAAGUACGGGCGCUUGGAUGGGCUGCAAAAGGAAGCGUAAAAAAUCUUGACAUCAUGCGGUAGAGAAUUCCAGUGGCUCAGGUGAGCCCCUCGGCAAUAAAAGGCCACAUGAGACAAUGCAGUUGAAUCGCCCGGUCAGAGACACAGGACGUACAUAAUGAGAAAAAAAAUUCACGAAAAAAGCGCAAUGCGGUAGAUCGGUGUGUGAUAAAAGGUGUUUUCUCUGUUAUCAGUGGUUGUCGGGGAAUUCCGAGGUGCAUAACGAUGACUCCAACUUUUGUUAAUGAUAAAACACAGGGAAAAUACUGGCGAAAUACCAGCCCUUGUUACCAAGCUACUGAACAUGUGUGUGAAUAAGUGAUAUAAAUAAUAUAAUAUCGCGAUAAAUAAACUGAGAGAGUUGCGCAGACGACUGUUGACAGCGUAUCGUCUCGUACGGCGAUGAUAGGUUACAAUCAGCACAAUUCCGGCUACAACAAGCUAUUCACACAGGGCUCGGCUGACUCGAACUACUCACAACCGAGCUCGGAUCUGUCCUUAGAUGAGGAGAAGGAGAGUCUGAGGAGAGAAAAGGAGAGACAGGCACUGGUUCAGCUUGAAAAAGCCAGGACGAAACCUGUGGCUUUUGCGGUCAGGACUAAUGUCAGCUAUGAUGGCUCGGUUGACGAUGAUUCACCGGUACACGGCUCUGCCGUCAGCUUCGACGUUCGGGACUUUCUUCACAUCAAGGAGAAGUACGACAACAACUGGUGGAUUGGCAGGCUCGUGAAAGAGAAUGCGGACGUGGGAUUUAUUCCAUCGCCGGUUAAAUUGGAGGCCCUAAGAGUCCAGGCGAGUGCAGCACGUGGGACAAAGGGUUUAUAUUCAACGAGAGGUGGUUCAUCGGGUAAUUUGGGGGAGAGUGGUAUGCCAUCGCGUGGAUCAACUCCACCAACACCAGGAGAUGAUAGCGACAGUGUGGGAAAUGCCAGGCCAGGCAAGACAACACUCACAACACCACCAGCCAAGGAGAAGCGGAAGAAUUUCUUCAAAAAACCGUCCUACGAAACUGCAACUCCCUACGAUGUAGUACCAUCUAUGAGGCCAGUUGUACUGGUUGGACCAUCACUCAAGGGCUACGAAGUGACGGACAUGAUGCAGAAGGCGCUUUUUGAUUACCUUAAGCACAAAUUUGAAGGACGGAUCAUAAUAACCAGGGUAAUGGCGGACAUAUCGCUAGCAAAGAAAUCACUCUUGAACAAUCCAACAAAACGAGCGAUAAUGGAGCGUUCAACGAGCAGAAGCAGUUGUCUAGCCGAGGUUCAGGCUGAGAUAGAGAGAAUAUUCGAACUUGCCCGAACACUUCAACUUGUUGUCCUCGACUGUGACACGAUAAAUCAUCCCUCACAGUUGGCUAAAACCAGUCUAGCACCAAUAAUAGUUUAUCUGAAAAUUUCAUCGCCAAAAGUACUGCAGAGACUGAUUAAAUCACGUGGCAAAUCCCAAACGCGUCACUUGAACGUUCAAAUGGUAGCGGCUGAGAAGUUGGCUCAGUGUCCACCGGAGAUGUUUGAUGUUAUACUUGAUGAAAAUCAGUUGGACGAGGCAUGUGAGCAUGUUGCCGAGUACCUGGAGGCAUACUGGGGGGCAACACAUCCACCAGUUGUCGCACCAGUCCCCCGUGCCAUGACAGCACCCUCUGACACAACAGCUGGUGAUGUUCUAGCACCUCGCGUACCCUCAGGUGGCCAUCACGUCUCUCACUACGCACAUGAGAAAAGAGGGACUGGUUCCUAUGGGCAUGGCAGCACCAGGAGAUCCAGGAUGGAGAGAGUUGAUCGCAAUGAACGAGAGAGGGAACGUGAGAGGGAACGUGAGAGGGAACGCGAAAGGGAACGAGAGAGGGAACGAGAGAGAGAGCGAGAGAGGGAUCAUGAUUAUGGCACUGAGGAGGAUUCGUACCUAGGUGGUAGUGUGGAUUAUGGUAGUGUAUCAAGACGACGACAGCAAGACUCGAGGGCACUCAAUGCCAUUUAGGAGCUGGAGCCCCGGGGCUUAUCGCUACAGCGGUGUCCCCACCUUAAAACUACCGCCCUUUAGUUUUAAACGAAUGAUGAAGUUAUUUCAUUACAGUGCGCAAUUUGCCUUCCCUUAAGGAUGUUUAUCCAAAAUCGCAAGUUCUUUUUUAAAUAAUCCUUUUUAGUCUCAAACAUUUGUUAUAUUUUGUUCAUUAUUCUCUUUCUGGUAAUUUUUGGGAUUGAAUUUAACGGAUUCAACUUCCAGCGAAAUUUCAAAUCCCACUGAUUGUUUUUUUCAAUUAAUUGAAUUCAGAGUAAAUGUAAGUAGGAGUUUUUUUUUCGUGUGCUCCAAUAUGAGUCGAUAAAAAAAUCAGGAAUUUCAGUGAAAAGUGAAAAAUGGAGAUUUGCUGAAAAUGGCUAAGCAUCCUUAAUUUUUUUCAAAUCCAGGAGACCAACGUCUCACCAGAAAUACCCAAAACCACGUAAUCUCUCAUUAAAUUGUAAAUGAAGUAUAAUAGCACUUUUUAAACUCCGGACUAUUUUUAUCGUAUUUUCAUUUACGUCCGGGGGAAUUGUCAUUGUUGGCUCACUGGAAUGAGUAGUGAGAUAUUUAUUGAUUAUUAGGGUAAUGAUACUUUUCUUCUAUCCGAAGAUCGACCAAAUGAAUUAUGGAUUGAUUUAUGUUGUGGGAGGGGAUCUCAUUGUUUAAAAUCAGAGCAAUUCUCGUGGUUAUAGCGAGCAACUAAAUGAGAAUUGUGGAGUUUAAUGGCUUUAUUACUGUUGAGUGAAGGAGAGUUUGAUAAUUAUGGGAGUCGACUCAAAUGAUCGGGGGACUCGGUCAACAGGUGUUUUCUUUGGGCUUUUACUUUGAAUCUUUUUCUAUUCUCAAGACAGUGAAUCCGGAAUAAACAUAAUUAGUAGUUCUGGAUGCAAUUUAACUGAAAUUAUGAUGAAAAAUGGCCCCCGGGGCGAUGGUUAUUUGUGUCGAGUUGAAAAUAAUUCUGGGCUAUAGAAGCGACGAAAGGAUGCCACCCAAUGCUGUCACUCUCUCAUUUGAACUCUCGUGUCUUUCGUCGAUUGUGACCGACCAAUUGCAACUUAAUGUUUCUUAUUUGUCCAUUAGUAAUUGUAAGAUUAUGAGUGAUGAGAUUGAACAAAUGGUGAGAGUACCCACAGAUCCUUUGGGUCGAGUUUUAAUAUUCACAUCGGUUGCUCGAUUGUUGUUGAUGGAGAAGUUUGAACAAAUGGCGAAUUAUUGAACAAAUUGUACUGAGUAAUUUAAUCCUUGGCGAGUGACAAUUUUACUGUUUAGGGUUAUGAGAGCAGAAAGUAAUGUUUUUUUUUUCAAUUAUUAUUUCACCGUUUUUCUUUUUCUUAUUAGAGUUAUAUCAUUUUCAUUCGAUAGAGAUGCAACUUAGAUGUAAACAGUGGAAAGAACAGGAGAAACAAGAAUAUAAAUAGAUAAGUAAAUAUGUUUUUGGGCCAGAAUUGGUGUCUUCUGGCAUUUGUUGACUUUAUUCCAGAGGAAAGUCGAUGGUUAGGAAAAAUCUAAUAUACUCGACUUAUUGUUCCACACUGAGUGAGAGAAUUAUUUAAAAAAAAUCAAACAUCCGAUUAUUGCGAGUGUAUAAAUUUAAAAAAAUACGUUUUUACGUGCGUGCCAGCGUGCGCUAUAUAUAUAUAUGUAUACUUAAAAACAGAGUAAUAUGUAUAUGUAUAUAUAUAACUUGAUUGCAGCAUUGAGGUGAGUCGCGUUAAUUGAGGUUAAACGAUAUUUGGAAAAAAGAGUUUUUACUGCGUGUUGUGUAGCCAAUGAAUAUAAAUGAUCAUCGACCAGCUAGAGAACAAUUCACUGUAGCAUUCAUUCGUUUAUUUUCCUAUUUUUAUUCAGUGAAAUGAUGAAACUCAAAAUACGCACACGCUACUUCGUGUAAAUAGUAAACAAGGCGAGAAUAACAGGGGAAAAUUGAGAAAAUUGUGGACAAAAAAAAA